AUGAACAACGUCCUGCACGGAGGCGAGCAGAGCAGUACUGCCUCGGUACCAGCGAUUACUGCGGCCGAUGGUUCAAGCUCGUCACAGACGGGAUCCAGCCAGGAUCUCCUCUCGAACAUACACGGCUUGGUCACCGCUCCUACCAGCUCCGCAUCGAGCCAAGGUACCACCUCGUUACCUCCUCCCUCCGCUCCUUCUUCCUCAAUCAGUCUCGACUCCAGUGAAAGCGGACUGGCAGCAGACUUUCAACAGCUACAGCACCAUGCCCGCGAGUCGGAGGCUCACGCUCGACGCAUGGAGUACCACGCAAAGGAGAUGGAGGUUCACAGCAAGCAAGCAGAAGUCCAUGCUAAACAGGCCGAAGUGCAUGCAAAGGAGAUGGAGACACAUAGCAAGUUGAUGCAGGCUCAUGCUGAGAGGGCUAAUGUACUAGCGCAGCGAUUCGAAGCAGAGGCGAAGCAGGUAGCUGCUACUGCUGCUAGUGGUGCUGGGGAGGAGGGACGUGCGACGGGCGAGGGAGGGGCUGGGCGUAUGUAG